AAAGGCUUGUCACGUGGUGUUCUUUUCCCGGAACUUGAUAUCAGGGGCGUUUCACGAGGAGGGGAAUGUCGAAGGGAUAAGAUGAGUGGAUUUAAGAACAGAACCCGACCGGGUGGGCGGAGAAGGUGGAAGGACACAGAGAAUGUGACAGAAGACAGCCCUACGAAAAGUAGUGACUAUGCAACAAAAAUAUCAGUCAAGACUUCAAGACACAGUUUGACUCAAGGUUCCAGCGAUCUGUGUGAACUAUACGUCAGUGGACCUUGCUACUGCUCUCGUUUGCAUCACCAAAAAAGGUCCCCGUACGUCUGGCAAUACCAGAUAAAGCCUGAUGUAUGGAGCCUACUGUCAACCGUUCAGAUGGAACUGCUAGAGCAAGCUUUCUGCAACAAUGAGGAAAGAACAGUCGUGGAGAUAAAGAGAUUUGGAGAUGUCAAAGAAACUACUGUCACGUUUGACGAAAUUCUGGACCCACCUUCGAGAAGUUCAGUCAAUAAAUUCAGUUUCCAAAGACUGUCAACUCGGUCCUACGCUGAGGCCGGAAGUGACCCCAUAGUCCUCUACACUCAGUGGGUGUGGUACUGGAAAGAUAACAAUGACAAGUGGUCUUCCUUUGUUCCGCCGGAACUUCAGCUGACCCUGGAGACCAAGUACCUGGCUGGACAGAACACCUACUUCUACACUAUCGCAGAUCAGGAAUACCGCCUGGACUUCACCUCUCUGGUUCAGGUCAACAGGAAGUAUCUAACUCGGAGGCCAGUUCAGAGGAGGCCGAUGUUUGUAUAUCUUGAUGACGCCAGGAGCCGCCAACAGACGUGUUCCAGUCUAUUGAUGUCCCCGGCGGCGGUCACACCAACUGACGUCCCCUCGAACUGGGCUCCGCUUGACCGUUAUCAGGACAGUGAAAAAGUGGAAUUGGAUGCAAGCUCCGAUGAAUUUACCACUGUGAUGUCAUCCAUCUACAAAACUCUGUCAGCGGAGAGAUGUCAAGUCCAGCGACUAUACAGACUGCAGAAUGCUUUACUUUGGCACAAUUUCCUCAGUAUGAGGAAGACACUUCAGAUGUCUCAUAGCACAGAGAGCAUUGAUCAGCGACAACUCUUCCACGGCACAGACACUCUAGACGUGGUCAACAACAUCUGCAUCAACAACUUUGACUUCAGAGUCAGCGGCAAGAACGCCACUGUGUACGGCAAGGGGGCGUACUUCGCCCGUGACGCUAAGUAUAGUCACAAUUACACCAAAGGCAGGAAUAAGUACAUGUUCCUAGCCCGAGUGCUUGUUGGAAAGUACACACUGGGAGACAGCAGCUACACGAGGCCUCCACCGAGAAAAGGCCACGUGUUGUACGAUUCUUGCGUCAACGACAUUAACAACCCUUCAAUAUUUAUUAUAUUUGAGCGAAAUCAGUGCUACCCCGAGUACCUUGUCGAGUACAGAGAUGGAAGUGUUGAUGAAUCCGUGUCUGUAAACAGAAGAAAUGGACCACAGGGAGCCGCUGGUACUAGUGUUACCAGUGCUUCCAAACACUCUUCUCCUUUACAGCCUGUCCCGGCUGCAACAUCCCCGACAAAAACACCCUCUGUGAAAUCUACUGGAAACUCUUCUCUAAACCAGAAUCAAACAAUACCUGCAACAAGUACCAGUGUUAUGGGUGCUUUGAAACACUCGUCUCCUGUGCAGCCUGUCCCAGCUGCACCAUCCCAGACAACAGCACCCUCCAUGAAAUCUACUGGAAACUCGUCUCUAAACCUGAACCAAACAUUACCUGCAACAAAUACCAGUGUUACCGGUGCUUUGAAACACUCUUUUCCUGUACAGCCUGUCUCAGCUGCGCCAUCCACGGCGAAAACACCCUCCGUGAAAUCUACUGGGAACUCGUCGUUUCUAAUGCAGAAUCAAACAAUACCUGCAACACCUGCAACAAUACCUGCAACAAAUACAGUUUCAGCUUCUUCCAGCUCCAGCAAUCAACGCCAGGUUAACCCUGGGCAAAGCAACACAAGCGUUUCACCCAUACACACUCCGCCCAGAAAGAGAUCAUCUGUAGGAAAUGGAGCUGUCCUUGGAUUGGGAAGUCGUGGUCGUGGUCAAGGUAUUGAUGAUCAACACACAGGAAACGCGUCUCUAAACCAGAAUCAAACAAUGCCUGCAACAAGUACCAGUGUUACGGGUGCUUUUAAACACUCUUCUCCUGUGCAGUCUGUCCCGGCUGCGCCAUCCCCGACAAAAACACCCUCCGUGAAAUCUACUGGGAACUCCUCCAUAACAACUACAGUUUCAGCUUCUUUUAGUUCCAGCAAUCAACGCCAGGUUAACCCUUGGCAAAGCAACACAAGUCCUCCGUCUGUACACACUCCCCCCAGCAAUAGAAGAUCAUCUGUAGGACAUGGAGCUGUCCUUGGAUUGGGAACUCGUGGUCCUGGUCAAGGUUGUGGUGAUCGGUGGUCAAUGGUCGAUGAUCUUUCUGAAGCCGAGAAAACCAUACGUACUGGGCACAGUUCAGCUACAUGCAGCAACUCUUCUGACGACAUGUAUGACAAUUCGUCCUAUUCUGAUAAAACGUUAUCGAAUCACAGACCUGUACAUGGGCAGUCUGCCCUUUCUCAGAAAACGUCAACCGCUGAAGGUUCGGGCUUGAAAAGCCAACACCACCAUAGGGACAAAUCGAGUGAUUAUACAUUACCCACAUUCACAUUGAGACAGUCGGUAUUAUCUCAGAAAACGUCACCUAGUGCAGGACUGAGUACCUCAAACAACCACAAUGAAAUGGAUGCCUCACGCGCUUGCUCCCAGAGCGAUCAAAGUCAGAUCUACUACAAGGUCAGUUGUACAAGAACUACAGCCAUAUACGCCCGGCCUGGUGACGAUGGCAAAACAGGAAAUUCAGCAACAUUUCCACGUUUUCUCACUACUGGAAGAAACUUAAAACCAGUUCCGUUUAGUCCUGAGAAAAAAAGGAAAGAUUGCACCAUAAUGUAACAAAAGACAGUUGCCCUUUCCCAUAGUCGGCAAAAGGCCACGUUGAUGUAUUCACAAAGACUCUUAACUCUGAGUUAACGCCCUUGCUUUUGAGCAUCUGCAUGCAGGAAGACAGGGCCCUGCUUACACUGUCCAGUAACUGCUUUUAACGAAUGGCGUUGUAUGACUUGACGUAUAGAGAAUAUCUCAUACAGAUGUAGAUUUUCCUUUGGCAUGCAAUUUGCACGUUUGCAAUAGUCAUAUAGUGAAAUAACGGAAACGUUCAUUUUUGUGAUGUGACUAAGGGAAUUACAUAUGACAUGACUGGAUUCGAAUUGUCUGAACCAACUUAAUC